CUGAGAGUUCAUUCGUCUCUUAAUAUCCAGGGGUUAGACAUCAAUUGAAUAUAGGCUACCCAAAAUCAAAAUCAAUAUGGCGUCAUUUGUUUAUCAACAUAUCAUUUACGAGGAUUGAAAUCGAAAAAUGCGCUGCUUUAUUCUAACUGCAUGAGCGAUAUUCAUAUUUUGGUUUCACAUGGAGGUGUUCACAUUUAACAUGGAGUUUAAAGUUAGCCACUAUUCGACUAUAUAACCGCACCGAGUUGUACACAACAGUAAUUGAUUGAACCAAAAUGUCAGUAAACCGCAGCAAUAUUGGGUACAUGGCAAUAUGAGUGAUUUGACGCAUUGAGAGUAUCCAACGAUCCAACCAUAAUAGCGAAACUUGUGAUAGAACAUUCUUAGAUAUUGUUUAAUACUUGAUAUAAAAUAUUGACAAUAAUAUUUUAAUGGUAUGGUGGUAUCGCAAUGAAAAGUGCGAUACCACGAACAGCAUGGGGUUUCAUUCUGUAGCUUGAAUUUAUUAUAUUCAAUUCAUGUUUCAGCACAACUAUUUUACCAUCCCCAAAUAGGCAAAAAAUGCUAACGGAAUAUACGGAUAAAUUCUAACGGAAUAUACCAAACUGUGGUGUCAGCUGACAUAUACAUAACUGAAGUCUAUAUAGGUGAAAUAUAUAUUUAGAAAUAAUUCGAAUAACCCGUUUAAAUCGGUAACAUUAAACCUUAAAGUGCAUCUUGCAUCUUGUUGAAUUUUAUUGCUUGCUUUUUCCUUCUAGCUGCUAGCAUGGGAAAUAUAAUUAUAGAGUAGAAAGUAGUCAAAGGAACUCGUUUGUCGAUAUGGAUGAGAAAAAUUUUAAAGUUGAUUUUAUGAAUGGCGAAAGAGCAAAUCUCAUUUACGAACAGAUUAAAACGGAACCCAUCGAUAUCAAGCACGAACCGUUCGAAUUCGAAAAAGAAGGGAACGAUGAUGAGACGACUUCCAGCUAUAACAACGAAAAUGACGAAUCUAGCCGCUCUGAAGGAAGAUCUCGACUUAAAAAACGUUCGAAAGAGGUGAAAACUAUAGCUAACAAAUGUUACAUCUGUGAUAAUAUUCUCGAGAACAAAAGCGAUUUCAAUGAUCAUCUCAAGAGUCACACGAAUAUGUUACGCUACAAAUGUUCACAGUGUAGCACAGAGGCAAAACCAAUCGAAGCAUCUACUGUGACGGCACUUAACAAACAUUUCGAAACGCAUGGCUUUGCAUACGUUUGUACUCAUUGCCCGCUGCGAUAUCGGACCUGGAGUUCGUUUGCAUAUCACGUACGGAAUACGCACGACAAGCAGAAAUCGGAAUACCGCUGUCAAUUCUGCGAAAGAGCUUUCAACAAUUCUCAAGUGCAUCGGAAUCAUGAGAACACUCACAAGAAUCUCAUCAUGAAACGAUUCAAAUGUGAGCCCUGCCAAACGUUUUUCCGGUCGAUGCAACAUCUAUUGCAGCAUCAAACGUCCCUCGUGCACAUCAAGCUUUUGCAAAAAGCAUCAACGCAGAAGCAGGUCAUCAAGGAAAGGAGUGCAAUACCCAGUGAAAAGAAUAGAAAUGACGAGGAGAUGUUUGAAACUGAGAAACAAAGAAUCACCACCAAUUCGCAAGAGAACAAUUAUAACAUUUUGAAGUUGAAUGAAAUUAGUGAAAGCAAUAGCAAAAUUCCAACUGUCAAAUUGAAUCCAAAUGAUGUCGAUGAGAAAAAUGCUGAAAAUUCAAUUCAGGAACAAAUAGAACUAGAAACCGUUGAUAUAAAGAAUGAAUCAUCGAAAUCGGAUGGUGAAGAAAUGGUUGAUGAUGAGACGAUUCAGAACUAUGAGAAGACAAAUGACGAAACUAGCUGUUCCGGCGGGAUAUCACGACGUCAGAAUCAUCCGAAGGAGGUGAAAACCAUACCGAAAUAUGUAGUUUGUGCUUCGUAGGACAUUUUUCUUUUCAGUUCAAGCGAACGCUCGGUUUGUAUUAAACAUUUUUUGGAGCAUUCAAAAUCGUCACUUUUGAAAUCAAAAUAGUCAGCUUUCAAUAUUGUUCAUUAUAAUGUUAUUGUUUAUAACAUCUCAAAUUACAUUCGAAUACCCCUCACAGCAAAUCUUCAAAUUGAAUAUGACGUCAAUUGUUUGAUAUAGCGAAAAAAAGAAAAAAAAAGUUAUUUACAAAUUGCUAUUUUUUAAUUGGGAUAUAGCCCAGUUGACAUUCGCCCAGUUGAAACAGGUUCAGUUAUCGAACAAAUACUGUAAAACACACUUCAAACAUUUUUGAACAUCAUCUGAUGAAAGACUCGGUAUGCUGAUUGAUGAAAAAUAGUUUUUUUUUUGUGGAAAUCAUGGAUAUCGCUCUAUUAUCCUCAGUUUCACUAAAGGCGCACGCAGUGGCGUUUAUAAUUAAUAUCUAUAUAAAAAUGAAUUUCUGUCUGUCUGUCUGAUUCUUAUGGACUCGGAAACUACUAAACCGAUCAACAUGAAAAUUGGUAUGUGGGGGUUUUUGGGGCCGGGAAAGGUUUUUAUGAUAGUUUGAGACCCCUCCCCCUUCUCUAGAGGGGGCUGCCAUACAAAUGAAACACAAAUUUCUGAAUUACUCGAGAAUUAAUCAAGCAAACGAAACCAAAUUUGGCAUGUGAAGAUUUUUGGAUGCAAUAAAUGUUUCUAUGGUGGUUAGACACUCCUCCCGCUCUCUAAGGGUGGGCUGUCAUACAAAUGAAACACAAAUUUCUGCAUAACUCGAAAACUAAUCAAAAUUACUAAAAAAAAUAUAGCAAAAUGUAAAUUCAACGGGGUCGAUUAGAAGAACAAUCAAUGAACAGUUCUGCGAUUGGACCCAUGAACUUGCUCAUAAUAAGAAAACGUCAAUGUUUGAAGGUAUUGAUAGCAACAAACAAAUUUUGGGCAGGACGAAGUUAGCUGGGUCAGCUAGUAAACAUCUAUAAAACAAUGG